AUGGCAAAAUUCUCAUCGAGGGGACCUAAUCGAAUUGAGCCAGCAGUACUUAAGCCUGAUGUCACCGCACCUGGGGUCGAUGUAAUUGCUGCGUUCACCGGAGCUUUUGGACCGUCUAGACAACCAUUUGACAAGCGUCGGACUCCUUACAUGAUAAUGUCUGGCACUUCAAUGUCAUGCCCUCAUGUCGCCGGCAUCGUUGGCCUUCUUAGAGCUAUCCAUCCAGAUUGGAGUCCAGCUGCUCUUAAAUCUGCAAUCAUGACAACAGCUAAAACAAAAUCUAACGACAAAAAGAGAAUGCUUGAUCAGGAUGGCCAACCUGCCACCCCAUUUAUGUAUGGUUCUGGACAUGUGCAACCAAACUUCGCAGCAGAUCCUGGUCUAGUUUAUGAUACAAAUGUGAACGAUUACCUCAACUUCUUAUGUGCCCAUGGCUAUAACGAGACCUUAUUGAACGCAUUUGCAGAUGGACCUUAUACAUGCCCUAAGGAUUUUAGUUUCGCUGACUUCAACUACCCUUCAAUCGCAGUUCCUGAUCUUAAUGGCCCAGUGACUGUUACUCGUCGAGUGAAGAACGUAGGGGCUCCAGGAACAUACACAGUUAGAAUUAAGGCUCCAGCUAAGGUUUCAGUAGUUGUUGAACCUUCUAGCUUAGAAUUCAAGCAAACUGGUGAAGAGAAACUUUUCAAGGUUACGUUAAAUCCUAUCAUGAAUGGCAUGCCUAAAGACUAUGAAUUUGGGCAUCUAAUUUGGUCAGAUGGCUUGCACCGCGUCAAGAGUCCUCUUGUAGUGAAGCAUGAGUAG